AUGGAUCUUGGAUGUAUUGAUAUGGGUUGCAUUGAAAAGCAAAAAAAGGAGACUUUUCUAGACAAGGAGAACAGUCCAAAGGAGUCUGGGAUGUCUUCUUCCAAGCCAGGGAAGAACAAGGGAUCAAAAGAUGUUCUCCAGUCAAGUUUGAGUGCUUUAAACAAACUUACAUCACAAAUUACAAAGCCUCCAAAACGAAAAACUUCACCUCUUAAUUGGUUCCCGCGCAAAAAGGUGGAUUAUUUGAAUAGGAAAAUAAAAUCGCUACAGGAAGUAGAUGGAAUGAAUUCAACUCUUGAUGAGACUCUUGGGGAUUCAAAUCCACACUACUCCAGAGUUCUGAGAGAAAAAAUUGCAGUAAGAGAAGCUGCAGAGAAAGCAAUGGAAGCUCAAAAGGCUGCAAAGGUGGAAGCAUCUUGGUGUCAUAUACUUAAAGCAGCCAGGAUUGAAAGUAAAGAUGCAGAAACAGAGCUGUCAAAAGCAGAAAAAUAUGCAGCUGAAGCUUUUGAAGCUGCAACAGCCAUCGGUGUAAUCAUGAAUGAUAUACCAGAACAUGCACAAAAACGUUACAAAAUGGAAACUGUGAAAGGAGAAGAGUCUACCUCUCAUACAAUAUCGGCAAGUUUUGAAACUGCAUUUGAGGUGGAUAAACAAGUAGCUGCUGCAGUUAAAGCGGCUUUUAUUAAGCUAGCAAAUUGCCCUUCGAUAAACAGAGGAGAAUUUAGAGAGUUGUUGCGCAAAAUCAGUGAGACUCCGGAUACUGGUGAAAAUUAUCAUGAAUUGUCAGAUUUUUCUACAGGAUGUGAAUCUGACAGUUCUAAUUCUCAGGAUGUAAGUUGUGAUAAGGAAUUUGCUGCAGAAAGAAAAAGUAAAUACAAGAGGAGACAGGUUCUUGACAAAUUUAGCAUGACUAAUCUAGUUGAGAUAAUGCUGGAUAGGCUUAGAUGCUUGAAGGAAGAUGAACUUGCCUCUCUGGCCACUAUAGUUGCAACUUCAGGGCUAAAUGAGGCUUUAGUGGAAGCAGAAAACAGAAAGGAGUGUGCUUUUAACUCUUCUGUUGAUGACGUUGGGAAGCCGACUUCUGAUGCCUUGAGCAGAAUUUCCGAUGGACGGAGGACUUCAUGGAACACAGAUCUAGAUGGGCAGAUGAGAAGGGCAGCCGAGGCUGAACUUCCUAGCCUCGACAAGUUUCUAGUGAAGCGCUUGACGAGACUUGAAAGAGAGCUACUAGAAGCCAAAAAGGCAGGGGCAAAUAAAGCUGCUGACGGAAGUGAACGAGAUUUAGAUAGCAAUUCGGACUAUGAAAAGCUCUCUCUUGUUAGUAAUACAAGUUCAAGUCAGAAAGAUUCUUCCAAGGUUGAGGAAAAGACUGAGCCUGAACUUCCUAGCCUCGACAAAUUUCUGGUAAAGCGUCUGACGAGACUUGAAAGAGAGCUACUAGAAGCCAAAAGGGUUGAGUCGAACAAAGUUCUGGUUGGAAGUGAACAAGUGGUCAAUAGUAAAUCCGAUGAUGAAAAACUUUCUAUUGUUGAGAAUACGAGUUUGCAUGAAAAAGAUUCCAACUCGCAGAGCACUCUUCAGAAACCUUCUUCAAUGAUUGAGAAAAAAACAUUAGAGGGCACUAAAGAUUCCAACUCGGAGAGCACUCUUCAGAAACCUUCUUCAAUGAUUGAGAAAAAAACAUUAGAGGGCACUAAUGUUCCUGACUUGGGAAGUAUAUUAGUGAAACAUUCUUCAAAGCUUGAGAAGGAGAUUGAAGAGGGGAGGAUAAAGAAAAGUAAAGUAUCUGGUAUGAGUGGCAAGAAUUUGGAGAGAGUGAGUACAAUGACAAUUGGCCAUUCUAAAAAUGUAAAUGAAACUACAGAGGUUCCUGGUCUUGAUAAGUAUCUGGUGAAACAUUUGUCAAGACUCGAAAGGGAGGUCCAGGAGGCAAGAAACACAAAAAGUAUUGAACUGAGUGAAAUUUGCAGCAUUACUGAUUCGAGCAAAAGCGUCACUUCAGUCCGUGCAACAGAUUUGGAAGUGAUUUCAACUUGUACUGAUGGAGAUUUAGUAGGAAAAGAAAAUAUGAAACUUAACCAAAGUAAACAGGGAGGGAAUGGUGCCACAGAUUAUGAAAGUUUAGACAAGGUUCUAGUAAAACAUGUCACGAGACUGGAAAAGGAGAAGAUGGGACUAUAUGAAGAGGAACAAACCGGGAUGAAAUUGAAGAGAAGAAACACCAAUAGAGAGACGGAUUGUAGUGAAGGCAGUUUGGACCAAAUUUUAGUCAAGCACAAGUCAAGACUUGAGAGGGAAAAGAUGGCUGCUGCUGAGCAAUACAGUGUAGAUGAUCAAAUCACACAUUCAGUUUCUCGUCGACAGGCUCGGGAGAGAGAGUUACAGGACGCAUGGGGAGGCUUGAGCCUAGGGAACUCUAUGCGUCCUCAUGUCUCCAGACUCGAAAGAGAUAAGGAUAGUGUCGACAAUAUGGAUGAUCAAAUCACACAUUCAGUUUCUCGUCGACAGGCUCGGGAGAGAGAGUUGCAGGAAGCAUGGGGAGGCUUGAGCUUAGGGAAUUCUAUGCGCCCUCAUGUAUCCAGACUCGAAAGAGAUAAGGAUGGUAUCGACAAUGUCGAUGAUCAAAUCUCACAUUCAGUUUCUCGUCGACAGGCUCGGGAGAGAGAGUUGCAGGAAGCAUGGGGAGGCUUGAGCUUAGGGAACUCUAUGCGCCCUCACGUCUCCAGACUCGAAAGAGACAAGGAUGGUAUUGAUGAUCAAAUCAGAAAUUCAGUUUCUCGUCAACAGGCUCGAGAGAGAGAGUUGCAAAAAGCAUGGGGAGGCCUGAGCUUAGGAAACUCUAUGCGCCCUCACGUCUCCAGGCUUGAAAGAGACAAGGCAAGGACAUGCCACAACAAGAGGUAUCAUCAAAAGGUUGAUGCACCACAUGAGGAUUUGUCUUGUGGGGCUGUAGAUCAUACAUAUGAAGGAAGCUUAAGGCAAGUGGGGAGUGAAAGAUCAAGGGAAAAACUCGUGCCUAGGAGGCAAUCGGGGAUGCCUCCAUCUGAAAUGCAACCACUAGAACAAUCAUAUAAUUUCCUUUUCAUGCCAACACCUGGAAUUUAUUUAACUAGUGGUGCGCAAUUUACCAACUAUGGUCCUCCACUUAAUGAGCCAGCCAGUUCAACAAUGGGGGAAUCUCCACUUAAAUCCAUGGUGGAAGACUUGCAAGAGAGAGAAAACCAAGAAAAAGAAAGGAAGAGGGCAACCGUAGCCAAAAAUAGAAGGAUUGUUCGAGGGAAAGCCGUGUCGGCCGCCAUAAAAGAUGGCGCCCUUAAAAUCCACCUCCGCUGCCACUCCUCCGUUGGCAGUCUAUGGACUAGUCGCCAACACUUGAUCGCCGACCCGAUUGCAACCUCAAAUGGUUUUGCUAAUCAACUUCCUCAUCAAAUUUGGCAAUCCAAAUCAUGUUCGCGUUUUCCUCAAUUUAUUUUCCGGAGAACCAAGGAGGUCGAGGAUUUGUCUUGUGGGGCUGUAGAUCAUACAUAUGAAGGAAGCUUAAGGCAAGUGGGGAGUGAAAGAUCAAGGGAAAAACUCGUGCCUAGGAGGCAAUCGGGGAUGCCUCCGUCUGAAAUGCAACCACCAAAACAAUCACAUAAUUUCCUUUUCAUGCCAACACCUGGAAUUUAUUUAACUAGUGGUGUGCAAUUUACCAACUAUGGUCCUCCACUUAAUGAGCCAGCCAAUUCAACAAUGGGGGAAUCUCCACUUAAAUCCAUGGUGGAAGACUUGCUGAGAUGGAACUCGAGAAUUAAGAGUACUGUGGAAAAAUCAUCAGAAGGGUACGAUUUCGUGAGGACAUUGCAGAUGGCUGGUUACGGGAUGAUAAUAUUAGGACCUUCAUUGCACUAUUGGUUUAAUUUUGUGUCAAGAGUUUUUCCAAAACGCGAUCUUCUGUCAACGUUUAAAAAGAUGGCUUUGGGGCAAACAGUAUAUGGACCUACAAUGGCUGCUAUUUUCUUCUCCAUUGAUGCUGCUUUACAAGAUCAUAUUAGGUCAGCAGCUGCCCUAUUCAUUUAUCUCAUAGAGACUUAUGGCAGCCUUUUGUCUGAGACUCUGAGUAGAACAUCUAAAUUGAGAUGCGGAUGGCAAUAUAAAGCUCAUGAUCUAAGAAAAUAG